GGAUCAUUUUCUGUCGUUUAGCCCCCUGGAUUCCUCCCAUACUCUCAUUUUCUCGAGCUCCUUCUCCCUUCCCCAAACAGCAAACCAACACCUGCCCCUUGUCCUUCUUCUUCCACCUCCGCACUCGCCGGAAUCCCACUGUUGCUCGCCCCACCGACGACCGGAAUCGAUUCCUUGCGUGCCUAUUUUCCUUUCUCUUCCAAUUCCCCCCAGCUGCUGCCGAGCAUUCAGCUCCACUUCGCUACAGUGCUGGUCAAAAUCUCGCGCUUACUUCAGAAUUGAGCUGCGGCGGGAGGUGGAGACUUGAAGCUCGUUUGGACUCGAGCUGUGUGAUCUCUUUGUACUGGCGACGGUCUCUACUUCCGAGAGCUGGAGUUGCUGUUGUAGCAGUAUUCUGUGGAUUCGCUAGGGUUUUUUUUAUAAGUCUGGUGGAUGGAACGGUGCUGCUGCUUGAUUGAGAAUGCGCGGGAGGCGUACUGCAGUGUCGUUGCUGCUGCUGUGUAGCUUCCUCGGUUCCAGGAUUUUACGCCGUCGGAAUGUCGCCGCCGGAUAGAAUGGCUGCGGAUCUCAGUAGGACUGGCGCUGCUGAAAGGGAUAUUGAGCAGGCCAUCACUGCUCUGAAGAAAGGAGCUUACUUGCUGAAGUAUGGAAGAAGGGGGAAGCCAAAGUUUUGUCCCUUCCGCCUUUCAAAUGUAAAGACGAGUCUGUUCUGAUUUGGUUCUCAGGGAAAGAGGAGAAGCAUCUCAAGCUAAGCCACAUAUCUAGAAUUAUAUCUGGGCAACGCACUCCAAUCUUUCAGAGGUAUCCACGUCCUGAGAAGGAAUACCAGUCGUUUUCUCUUAUAUAUAAUGACAGAUCACUGGAUUUGAUUUGCAAAGAUAAAGACGAGGCUGAGGUGUGGUUUAGUGGUUUAAAAGCAUUAAUAUCACGCAGUCAUAACCGGAAAUGGAGAACAGAAUCGAGGAGUGAUGGAAUUCCAUCUGAAGCGAACAGUCCUAGGACAUAUACUCGUAGAAGUUCUCCCUUGAAUUCUCCAUUUGGGAGUAAUGACAGUUUUCAAAAGGAUGGAGAAAACCUUCGUAUUCACAGUCCAUAUGGAAGUCCACCGAAGAAUGGACUCGAUAAGACUUUCUCCGAUGUGAUAUUUUAUGCUGUUCAACCUAAAGGGGUUUUCCCCUCAGAUUCUGCUGGUGCUUCAGUCCAUUCUAUGUCAUCUGGGGGUUCAGAUAGUAUGCAUGGUCAUGCAAAGGGACUGGGGAUGGAUGCUUUUAGAGUUAGCCUAUCCAGUGCUGUCAGCACAUCAAGCCAAGGUUCUGGUCAUGACGAUGGUGAUGCCCUUGGGGACGUUUUUCUUUGGGGUGAAGGAACUGGAGAGGGUGUCCUAGGUGGUGGAGGUCAAAGAGUUGGGAAUUGUGCUGGUGUCAAAUUGGAUUCGUUGUUGCCUAAAGCCUUAGAAUCUACAGUUGUACUUGAUGUCCAGAACAUUGCUUGUGGCAGCCGACAUGCAGCCUUGGUGUCCAAGCAAGGCGAGAUUUUCUCCUGGGGAGAGGAAUCGGGAGGCAGACUUGGGCAUGGUGUCGAUUCUGAUGUCAUGCAUCCGAAACUUUUGGAUGCUCUUAGCAAUACAAACAUUGAGCUAGUAGCUUGUGGUGAAUAUCACACUUGUGCUGUUACGCUUUCUGGUGAUUUGUAUACCUGGGGUGAUGGAACUUACAAUUUUGGUCUUCUUGGACAUGGAAACGUAGUCAGUCACUGGGUCCCAAAAAGAGUGAAUGGGCCCUUGGAAGGCAUCCAUGUAUCAUCUAUCUCUUGUGGACCUUGGCAUACAGCAGUUGUAACAUCUUCUGGGCAAUUGUUGACAUUCGGUGAUGGCACGUUUGGUGUUCUUGGUCAUGGAGACAGGAAAAGUGUGUCGCUGCCAAGGGAAGUGGAAUCUCUCAAGGGGCUCCGAACAGUACGAGCAGCAUGUGGCGUUUGGCAUACUGCUGCAGUUGUAGAAGUCAUGGUUGGUAAUUCGAGUUCUAGCAAUUGUUCUUCUGGUAAGUUGUUCACCUGGGGGGAUGGAGAUAAAGGAAGGCUGGGGCAUGGUGACAAGGAAGCCAAACUUGUUCCUACUUGUGUUGCUGCUCUGGUUGAACCCAACUUUUGUAGAGUUGCUUGUGGGCACAGCCUGACAGUUGCUCUCACAACAUCUGGCCAGGUCUAUACCAUGGGUAGUCCUGUUUAUGGUCAACUAGGGAACCCACAAGCUGAUGGGAAGCUGCCCGCCCGUGUUGAAGGGAAACUGUUAAAGAAUUUUGUUGAGGAGAUUGCAUGUGGUGCUUAUCAUGUUGCAGUUCUAACUUCCAGAACUGAAGUUUAUACUUGGGGGAAGGGAGCAAAUGGUAGGUUGGGUCAUGGGGAUAUGGAUGACAGAAACUCUCCUACACUGGUGGAAGCUCUGAAGGACAAGCAAGUUAAAAGUAUUGCAUGUGGUGCUAAUUUCACUGCAGCUAUAUGCCUUCAUAAGUGGGUGUCAGGUGUUGAUCAGUCUAUGUGUUCUGGUUGUCGGCUACCGUUCAAUUUCAAACGCAAACGGCACAAUUGCUAUAAUUGUGGACUAGUUUUCUGUCACUCAUGCAGCAGCAAGAAGUCGCUUAAAGCUUCCAUGGCUCCAAAUCCGCACAAGCCCUAUCGUGUUUGUGAUACUUGCUUUAAUAAACUUAGGAAGGCCAUGGAUACUGAGGCACCGUCGCCUCAUUCCUCAAUUAGUAGAAGAGGUAGUAUAAAUCAUGGCUUGAAUGAUCCUACUGAUAAAGACGAAAAGUUGGAUUCGAGAUCUCGUGCACAACUUGCUAGAUUUUCAUCAAUGGAGUCUUUCAAGCAAGCAGACAGUCGAUCCAGGAAAAACAAAAAACUAGAGUUCAACAGCAACCGUGUGUCGCCGGUUCCAAAUCGAGGGUCACAGUGGGGAGGACUGAAUAUUUCUAAAUCUUUUAAUCCAAUGUUAGGUUCAUCCAAGAAAUUCUUCUCUGCCUCGGUUCCUGGAUCAAGAAUUGUUUCCCGAGCAACCUCUCCCAUAUCUAGACGGCCCAGUCCACCGAGGUCAACAACACCAUCACCAACCUUGGGCGGCCUUACUUCACCCAAAAUCGCAGUUGAUGAUAAUAAAACGGCUAAUGACAGUCUUAGCCAAGAGGUUACUAAGUUACGCUCUCAGGUCGAAAGUUUAACUCACAAAGCUCACCUUCAAGAAGUGGAGCUAGAAAGAACAACUAAACAGUUGAAGGAAGCAAUUGCAGUUGCAGGAGAGGAAACUGCAAAAUGCAAAGCAGCAAAGGAAGUAAUCAAGUCACUCACUGCUCAAUUAAAGGACAUGGCAGAAAGACUACCCGUGGGAGCAACCAGGACUGUGAAGACACCUUCCUUCACUUCUUUCGGAUACAAUCCUCCGAAUGAGAUGCCUACCAAUAAUGCUGCCAUGGACCGCUUAAAUGGUCAAGUUACAUCCCAAGAGCUAGACACGACGAGCGUGUUAAAUAAUAACCAGCCACAGCCACUCCCCAACGGUUCCAGCACCGCUAGCAGCCUUAGUUCCGGUUACAACAACAAACAAAGCCACCCAGAAUCGACAUUGAGGAACGGCGGUGGAAGAACGAAAGACGGUGAAUCGCACACUGAAGCUGAAUGGGUUGAGCAAGAUGAGGCUGGCGUGUAUAUAACACUAACCUCUUUGCCAGGCGGCGGCAAGGAUCUCAAGCGUGUCCGCUUCAGUCGGAAGCGAUUUUCAGAAAAACAGGCAGAGCAGUGGUGGGCUGAGAACAGGGCAAGAGUUUACGAACAGUACAACGUAAGGAUGGUCGACAAGUCGAGCAUCGGUGGCGAGGAUCUGCCACACUAGUUAGGGCCGGAAGAUUGUCACCGACCUAUAGACCAUAUCAGAAGAAUGAUGAAGAAGAAGAACACAGCACUGCGAAUCCUCGUGGCGGAAGGACUCAGGGCUGGAGGUUUCGGAUUGGAAGAAACGUUUCGCGUUUUUUAUUUAUUGUUUUUGAGUAACCUGUAAUGAGAAUGACAGCGCUUUUAAUUAGCUGUAGUUAGCCAUUAAGUAAACCGUACUUAAUUGUAACGGGCCAGUGGCACGCUGCCACGUGGCCAUCGGGGUUUACAGUAGAGACAACUAAGCUGAUCUCUUCGGCUAUAUAAGUAAAAGGAUGCAAACCCUAACAGCUAAGGGUAUUGCCCUCACCAAUGGAGAAAGGGGAUGUUAGAGUGGUUCGGUUGUGAAUGUUUUUAACUUGUGCUGUAAUUUUUUUUUUUUUUUUUACCAUUUUCGAACUCAGUGAUUGCCAAUCUUUUUGCCCCCUAUAUGUACUUGGUGUUGGUUGAAUAUAGUGAAAAAAAUGUAAAUUCUUCUUCGUGAUGUCUGAAGAGUGGAGGGAGAGAAAGGAGAAGCAGCUGCCUUGUAAGUAAAUUCAUUACAAGUGAAAAUGUAUUUUCAGAUUGGUGUCCAUUCUUCUGCCUGGCCUUUAGCCAAUUUCCAUA